GUCUGGCCGACGACCACCCCAGAGCCCGACCUGCACCCGCCAGUAUACGCUCCCGCUAACGGAACACACCCCUGGCCAUGGCCCACCCGAGUCAGGCGACCCGAACAGCAAUUAAAGACAAAGCCGCGGAAACCUGAGUAGACAAGAGAAGAACCGUACCCAUUCCUCCUGAAACAUUAAAUGAGGAUUUUAGCGACAAUAAAAUCUCUUCCAGACACACCCGUUUGGAGUCUUGCGUAAUGAGGUCACGCCUGGCGCGAGAGAGGCCGAGCCUCCCUCGGACGCCAUGCCAGUUCGGCAGUUCAUCACGGCUCGCGGACCGGGGCGGACCUACGUCCCACGGAGAGGCAACAUCCUUUGUCUACAUUGAAAGUAACGUCCGGUAAAUAUAGUCACUAAUUAACAAAACCCCUUUUAUUACUUAACCUCUCCGUGAGUACCCGGUCCCUUUUUUCGGUCCCGGACCUAAUCCGGCCGCAUCAACUUAAGGACACCCCGCACCACACUUGGUCAACGGGGCUGCUCUUCAGCAUACGGCACGGGCCGUCUCCCGCAACGUACGGAACUUUGUUUAAGGUCACGCGCACGGCGCUGACCACAAACCCGCAAGGGAACUUGGACAAACUUAAUUGCGGUGCGUGUUUCACCACAGUGGGCACAACACCCGCGCCGAGACAUUUGCAUACGGGAUUGGCCGUCUCCAAUCGCCCGCCCCUUAAUUCAGUGUAUUUUUGUAUCCCGUAUUUUGUACUGCUAACUUACGUUACCCGAGUAACGAGUGCCACGUAACUUGUGCGCGCCCCCUUAAUCCAGUGUAUUUUUGUAUCCCGUGUUUUGUAUUGCUAACGUACGUUACCCGAAUAACGAGUGCCACGUAACUUGUGCGCACCACCUUAAUUCAGUGUAUUUUUGUAUCCCGUAUUUUGUAUUGCUAACUUACGUUACCCGAGUAACGAGUGCCACGUAACCUGUACGCGCCCCCUUAAUUCAGUGUAUUUUGUGUCCCGCCUUUGUGUUACGAAAUUACGUUACCUACGUACCCAGUGAGACGUCUGAGACAUAACAGCAUCCGAGGCCACGUAACGCGGAACACAAACAAUAAGGCGCCACGGAAUAACAAGUAAAAACCCCCCGGGGACCUCUGUAGAGUGUUGUAUCGUGUACGACUCGCUCCUCUGAAUAAAAGGUACGACACCACCACCUCAACUCCACGUCUCUUAUUUAAAAUCAUCUCCCGCAACACCGCCGCCGGCCCUAGUGGGCCACGCAGGGGCACAUACAUCCACGACCCCAAAUUCACGACUAGAAACGAGCUAGUCUGGCGCCCACCCGGACAACACAGAUCAAGAACCGCCUUUUCCCACUAGGAGCCACACCGGGACUCGAGCCCGAGACCCCGGACGACGGCACAGCAAUAGUGUAAGUUUUUGUAAAUCGUUUAUUUAGCUCGGCGCUGACCCCAACCCAGUCGCACGAUAUCUCGUGCGGCUCUUAAUUUAUUAAAUUCUUCCCAAUAGGGAACUUUAUUUUCAUAUGUAAUUCCAUGUCCAGUUUAAGGACCGCGUAGUAGUGGUACGUAAUUUUCGGCUCUUUAGCCAACUAAUCGUUAUCGUCGAAGUUUCCUACGUAAUAAGUGUUGAGAAUAAUACUGACUAACUUUCGUCUCUUAACUUUCUCCAUUUUAAUUGUGCAAAGUGUAACGUGUAUUUUAAGUGUCUAACUUUCAUUUGCAAAAGACGUUUACGUGUACGUCUCCAGUUGGCGUGUCCACGUAAUUUCUGAAACGUUAAUGUUUCGUUGCAGGCUAGACUGCAAACCAUCCUGAACAUAGGAACUUUUCUACGUAUUUACCAGCCCGCCUAAGUUGGGGCAAUACCAGUUUCAUUUACAUGCCAAACCUUUCACAGGGACGAGAACCCACUGUUUCAGUUUUUCGAUAUAACUUUGCAAUCCAUCUUGGUCGCGCAAACCGUCACGUAUAGAGAUACGCGUGUCAUAGCGGUCCGACAACGGACGCGGCCAGUGUAGGGACGAAUGAGUGUAUCUAUACUGAAUAAAGUGCAGUGUCCUGUAACUCGUUUACCAUUCAUUUAUAAGGUGUCCUGGGUGGCCUAAACAGCCCAGGUAAUUUUCGAAACGAGACGCGCUCCUGCCUGCAGCCACGAGGCCGAACCCCUGUUAAAACCCUGAGAUAUUUUACAACGCUAAUAAUUAAUUAAAAGCUAAAACAGGCAGCGGGAGUGGCGCCAAAGUGACUCACACCCAUUGCAACAGCAUGUCAUUUGUUCUCAGGAACUUCUGGCAGUAACUAUUGGUGAUUCGCGAUCAGCUGUUUCCUCUUCAUCCUUCAUUCAUUAUCCAUGCGCGCGAAAGGUGAAUAACUGUUGUCGGCCAGAAAAUUUUCACUGCUCUCCGAUGUAAGUAAGGAAUUUGUGAGGGAUGGUCACUUUCUGAGAUGUGGGGGGGAAGGGGGCGAAUUGGGAUAAAGAGGCCGAAGGAUGAAACUUAAUAUUGUUGGGGAGGUGGAAUGUAGUUGUAAAAAGGGCUGGCUAGCACUCAGUGUGCUUGAAUAUGGGGUGAGCACAGGUGGUGGUGAUAGGUCUCAUUAAUUGUGUCAUCUCGUCUACAAAAUGUCUUUCCCUUGGCCUAUCGCUCGGCCGAAAUUAUUACUAAAGUAAUAGUUAGUCUUUUAUGUUGUAUUUUGCCACAAACCUUCUUUUUUGCUGUUGUACUUGCUGCUAAGCCGGGUUUGAGCUUAGGAAGUGAUAUGUUUGUCGGGCGCCAGCAAGCAUCAGUUAGGAAUCACAAAUAUUCCUCUGAAGUGUGUUAAUGUCCUUACAAUGUGGUACCUCAGCCUCUGCCGAUGGCUGUUUGAGCACAGCUGACAUCUCACAUCUCUGCAAGUACUGUUCUCUUGAUUAUACUGUUUUGGAUACACUGCCGUCAACCGCGGUCUCGUGUUCGAGAUCGGGCGCAGGUCCUAGCGGGGUGGCUGGCUUUUUUAGCGUUUUCUGCUCCGGGAGGGCGCCAGGCUAGCUCGGUGUCUAACCGUGUGAUGGUCGUGGGUUCGUUGCCCCAGCGUGGUCCGCUAGAACCGUCGGCGGUGGUGAAAUUUGUUUCCUGAUUGGGUUGGGUUGUUUAAGUUAAUUUACAUACACUGUUUUUGUUGUUCUACGGGUCGCACGUCGCGCACGGGGGGUGCGGGGUGGACUUUUUAUUGUUCACGAUUGACACUGGUUCAUUACAUUGGGCGCGAGGUUUACUCGGCGGUACAUGGCUGCCAAUGGGGUGUCGGAACACGUAGAAGUUUUGAUUACACUAUGAUUACAAUUACACUUGAUAAAACGGCACUCUGUGGUGCUUUUAAGUACACAAUUACACUGCACACGUUAUCUGAGAGGGGCACCUGCGUGCCCCUACGUACGUUUACUUAAGUCCUCACGCCAGUUGCAGUCGAGGGAGAGCGUUCAAUUAGCAUCGGCUAAUUUCGUAAUCUGUAAUUGGCGACGCGCGGGCCCACCUGUGCGGACCGCGGCUCGCUACUAAAUUAAAACACGUUUAAUCUUGAAGGUAGCCUGUGCCUGUGCACUAGGCGAUUAAAUAAAGUUCUGGGGUGGCGGGAGACGGCCCGUACCGAAUACUGCACGGCCCCACGUAAUACUUUGUGUGGGGCGUGUUAAAUUGAUGCGGCUGGGUUAGGCCCUACACCGGAAAAGGACCGGGCGCACACGGGGAGUAUUAAAAAGAGGUUUUGGUGGUGACUAUAAUUACCAGAUGGACGUUCGGUGAAACAAAGAGAUGCUGGCUCCCCGUGGGAUGUGCGUCCGUCCCGGUCCGCGAGUCGCGCUGUACUGACGUGCAGCCCUGGCGCGAGGGGUGGGGUAAGCUCCCUGUCGCGCCAGAGUUUCUAAAGUUCCGUUAUUCGUAAAAAUCUAUAUAACUAACUAAUUUUAAGUGGCUCUAAAUACACAUAAUACAACAUAAUGAUUAAUCUAAUAUCUAUAUAUGUUAUAGAAAUGACAUUUAAUAAGUUUGUCUAAAAUAAAUUUGAAUAUUAGAGUCAAGCUGGAGACUGUCUGUUUCUUGAAAACUACUCCAGUGGCGAACGAUAAUGCUAAUUUGGGGUGGUUUGAAUUACGUCACACGUUUCCCUACUGAAAUUAGGCUGAAGGCCGCAAGGGUUGCACUCACAGCUGUUUUAGCGGAGAACUACACGCGAGUGAGCCGGGCACUCCUACGUCGCACUUUAUUAAUUAGGGGCUUUUGAUUGUUUUUGAUUACGUUAUUAUUGUGUGGGGAAUUUUGUAGGCACGGUGAGUGCAUUGCAUGCCUAAUUAGAAAUGGUUCGCUAUUCUCUACCUUGGGGCUGCGGUCCGCUCACUUGACUCGGGUGGGCCAUGGCUAGGGGCGCUUUCCGUUAGCGGAGCCGAGUACUGGCGGGUGCAGGUCGGGCUUUGGGGCGGCCUUCGGCCGUACGAUGUCAACACUAUAUAUUUUGACGCCGCUGUCGGUUCUCCCUCUGAGAGCACAGGCCGUUAUGUGUCCUCAACAGCCGAAUUAGCUCAAGUGUAACAAACAUGCCCGUGCGUGCCAAGUAGAGUAGGGUAGGGCAGUGCACCGAACGACGUGACGUUAUAGUCACGGCCGGCUGUGUUGCGCGAGUGCCCAGCCGAGUGUGGCAAUGCGCACUAUGAACAUAGGGCACAUGCAAAUUUCAUUAGGAGAAAUAACUUAAACUUUUUAUGUAUUUAAUAUUCAUGAAUAAUUAUUACAUUUUAAUUGAUAUGCUUUUGUGUCACAAAAUUAGCCGUCACCAUCUUCCUGCACUCUGCAACUUUCCGCGGGAAAUCGAACCCUCCCUGGCCGGGUUGCCAGGGAGAGUCGUCAGUCACCAUCUAGCACUCACCAGGGUCGGCAGCUCCGCACACGUGGAGCCUUCAACCUUCGCGCCAAAACCAGCAUGUAGCUUCCAUAGGUAAUUUCUUGUAAGCCGUUUUCAUCCGCUCCACGGCUGGCCCUAAAUCGACUGUACAAUGUGUCGUGCGGUUCUUUAUUAAAAGUGUGUGAUUCAACUAUUAGUCAUUUAGCGUAUUACGUGAUUUCUAUCGUUUUGGGCAGCAUGCCGAUGUGCCCGCGCUUCACGCCAUAAUUCCUCUGUAAUGAGAAUUGAACUUUGCCCCAAACGUGAACAGUGACUUACUAACGAUUCAGUUCCUGGGACUUGCCGCGGUCGCGAGUGAGUUUCCGUGCCCUGGUACCGUCGCGCCCGCGCCCAACAUUAUGUGGCCCCACGCCACCACGAGGAUGGACCCUCGGUAACUAUAUUAAUUUAAUCUGAGUAGUGCUCCUGUAUCAGAUUCUUCCGACCUACAGGACAAUUCCAGGUCAGGCUCUUUCCUCCGGUAGCGAUGUUAGUAUUAGUAUUCGAGGGCUGUGUGUGCGGAGAUGAGAAGGUGGACGAUGAUACGGCCAGUUACGUGACUGCGUUCUGUAUCAAGUGACGUAGUGUACCAUGUGACAUGUUAAUACAUCAAGUUCUAUUUACGUGUUAUUUUAAUCAUAUGGCAUCCUGGGUGGCCUAAACAGCCCGGGGAGUCCUUGUCGACGCGUCCCUGCAUGCAGCCACGAGGCAAAGAACCCUGCCCUGGAGUAAAAAUCCCAUUUUUCCUAACUUAAAUUCAUUAAUUUUAAAACAGGCAGCAGGGAUGGAGUCAAUUUCUAUAUGACUUCUGAGUAGCGCGCACAUCCGCCUCUGACCAGCAGGAAGCGAAGACUACUGUACAAUGAGGAUACCUAUUUAUUCCCUCCUUUGUCAAAGGUAUUGGUCUUAAUCGUCUGGGGCCUGUAGCUGGUCGAAGUGUCAGAGAGUUCAGUAUGGCGACAACAACUUAAAUACUCCUGUUCAUUUUGCAGGUUAGGAAAAAUUUUUAAAGUCCAUUAUUUUAGGGAGUACCUCUGUGCUUUCAUUAUUUAGAUAUUUUAACAUUUUGAUUACAUAUGAGAGGUACCAAAAAAGAAAGGCUGAGAGCACGCUGCCAUUUGUAGACAUAGUGGAGAGUUCUCCCACUAUAUGGGGUUAGUAGAUAGCUUCACUAAACAGCUGCCCAGCCGACAUCAGUAUGUAGGUUGAUGUUUGAUUGUAGUAUUGUUUUUCUCUUAUUGUUCUCGUGUUUCACCUGCAAAGUCGUCAUGACAGAUUUAAAAGAACAAAUAGCUUGUUUGAAAUAUUGUUUCCUGCUUAAAAAAUCAGCAACGAAAGAUUACCAAAUGUUUCAACCGGCUUUCAAGGAGGAUGCUAUCAGGCGCACACAAGUUUUCAAGUAGUUUGUGUGCUUUAAAUGUGGUGCGAUGAAUGUUUAAGACCAUGUUCGUUAUGGUCGCCCUUCAACAUCUCGAAACGACGAAAAAGUUAAAAAAACUUCCGAAAAAUCAACGAGGAUCAUCGUUUCACGAUCUACGAAAUUUUAGAAGAGAAAGGAUUGAGUUGGAGCUCGUACCAGCGGAUUUUGUCUUAGGAUUUGCAAAUGAGAUGUGUUUCCAUUAAAUUUGUUCCUCACAAUUGGACCUUCACGUAGCAAGGUGUUCACUACUUCACUCUCCCAUUCCCAUUACCCUUUGGUAUAGUAUGACGUAACUUUCUGGCGCGUGCAGAGUGAAGGAAUUGAAUUGGGUGGUUUGGGUUUUUGAAUUGUAUACAUUCAGAAAGCCGAAGACACCCGAAAUAUGUGGUUCUGAACCUAUACUGGUUAAAAUUUGAGAAAAACACAUCUUGUUGCUACGAAAUUUGGUUUGCAUGAUGUAUUAUUGUGCAAUUUGUUUGCAAUCUUUCGAUUCUACUUCGCAUUUGUCCGCCACGACCUGUGGUCAUGUUUUUCAUCGUGGUUGCUUGAUGGAAUGGUUCAGCAGGUACGUAUUGUCUGAGUUUAUAUUUGGGAAAAACAGGUUUGUUUCGUUGCCGAGUCAUUUUUAUUUACUUGUUAUUACUUUCAGGACCCAGACAUGCCCCGUGUGCCGACGCAGAAACUCUGUUAGUUCAACUUGUCAACUAUUUUUCAAUAUUUGGAAUGAAACUGAUAACGGCAGUGAUGACAGAAACGCUUUUCCGCGGAAUCAAGAUGAAAAUCUUAUGACAACAUUAAAAGAAAAGGACAGUGAAGUGAAGAAUGCUCUUGAGACAAUUCAGUUUUUAAUUAAUGAAGAAGUGACUUUGAGGGAGCAGGUGAAGAAAUGCCAGGAGUUGUUGUCUGAAAAGGAGGUGGUGAUCACGUCGCUGAGGGACCACGUGCGGCAGCUGUCCGGGCAGUUCUCGGGCGGCUGCCUUCUCAGGGAGGAGACUGGAGGACUGCAGAUCAGGCUGGACGACUUGCAAAAGAAGCUGGCGGAGGCCACCAAGUGGAAGAUGGAGAUGUCCGCGAAGGUGAAAGCAGUGUGGCACACGCUGUUCAAGCUACGUAGGGAGGUGACGCGUGUGCUUCUGGACGACCGGGUCUCGUUCUUCCAGCUGGAGAUGAAACUGUGCAUGCUGGCGUCGGAGUUGGACGCCCUCUGGCUGGACGUCGCCUCCCCCGACUCCUGGAGCUGCUCCGUGCGCCCCCGCAGGCCUGGCCCGGCCGGCGAGGAGAACCUGCUCGCAGUGAACACAGCAAGCCAGGUGAGGAGGUCAAUCGCCCCCCAUGGCUCGGCAGGACCGUCCAGGCGAGAGUCCUUCCCGCUGGCUUCCCCCCGUGCUCGCCCCACGGUGAGGCCACUCUCGGAUGUCUUUGACCUCGACUAGCGUGCGUCCAACAGGCGAAAUAUUGGUGUACAAGGAUCAAUGGCAGUUGGCAUAUCUAGAAGAAAGGAUUUUAACAGAGUUUUAUAUAAUAUUUGCAAUUUUACUGUUAAGUUUAUUGUUGGGUAUUUUGGACUCAUUAUAUAUAUUUAUUUUUAAAAUAUGUUUACUAGUCUUUAAUUGUAAGAGUUAUUAACUUAAUGCUCGUGCUUAGGAGCUUGUUGUGUUUGAGUGUAUGAAUUUCAUUUGUGCAGUACGUGUAUUUCUGUAGCUUAAGUAUGAAGUUGCCUGGUGAGUAAAAAUAAGACUUACGUCAAAAUCACAGUUAUACCAUGUGAGGUUACAUGGCCAAUAAUUUAACAUGGAUACUUAGGAUUUAUUGUGGCAAAAUUUGGUGUUAGUCUGUCUUGAGACUUUUUAAUGUGUAAAGAAAUGAAGUGAAAUAAUGUUUUUGUGUGCUUUUCUUUUUAAUGGUAAGAAUAUUUACAGCCAUGUUUAAAUGAAAAUUUAUUUUGGACAGCGACAGUGCAUUAUUUGGUUUUAAUAAUUAUUAUAUUUCUGUCUAUCUCUAGCUUCCACCAGAUAAUGAUGUACUAGUAAACUUUUAAUUUGUGUUAAUGAUAACUUAUUAUAAUUUAAAUUGUUUUUGAAUGUUCUGAACUUCACUUACAUUAAUAUAUACUUAUUGUUCAUGCCUAACAGAAAUAAUUUUAUGUAUGACAGUUCUUAAUGCAGCUAAGUUAAGCUUGCGAAAUUGCUUGAUUUUGGCACUUUUUUGUCAGCGUGGCAGACAGAAAAUGGAUAUUAUUAUGUAUGUAUAACCAAGACUCAUAUUUUACUUAGUACUAAUUUGUAGCCAUAUUUUAUUUAUAUGAUUUUUGUAGUUAGUUAAUAGUUAUUAUAAUGUAAAGUAUUGAUUAUGAGACAAAUAGUAACUUGGAUCUGUUCAGAAACUUUGAAAAUUGAGUGAUAUAAUUACUUUUAUGGGGACAAUAAAAGGUUUUACUAUGUUUAUAGAGUUAAACUGGUGGUUUCAAAUACAAGGUGAUACUGAUAGUACAAUAAGAUACAAACCCUGUAAGCUAACCAAUGAAGUGUUUUAAUAAGAAUAAGACCUUUAUAAAAUCAUGUGAUUAUGAUGUGACCCCUUGCUCAAAUGUUUGUGAAAGAUUAUUCUUGAGAUAUAUUUAGUUAACAUAAAAUUAUAUCAUUGUUAUAUGUAAAUAAAUAAAAUUUCAUUAUGUAAA